AUGGAUACUCAAAACGUGGAGCCGGCAAUUGUCUAUGAAUGGAUCAUUAAGUUGGUUUCUGACACCAACAGAGAACAGGCUCUGGUGGAAUUGUCAAAAAAACGAGAACAAUAUGACGAUCUGGCGCUUAUUUUGUGGCAUGCAUACGGCGUGAUGACUGCUUUACUACAAGAAAUUAUAAGCAUUUACCCAAUGUUAAAUCCGCCCACCCUUACGGGCCCUACCUCAAACCGUGUUUGUAAUGCUCUUGCGUUGCUUCAGUGCAUUGCUUCUCAUCCAGAUACACGAAUUCCGUUUCUGAAUGCCCAUGUUACUCUCUUUCUAUACCCCUUUCUCAACACGACCGCAAAAAGCAAGCCCUUCGAAUACUUGCGACUGACAAGUCUCGGCGUAAUUGGCGCUCUCGUAAAGAAUGAGUCGCCUGAUGUAAUUAAUUUCCUGCUGUCGACCGAGAUUAUUCCAUUGUGCCUCCGAAUUAUGGAAAGCGGUUCAGAGCUUUCCAAGACGGUGGCCAUCUUCAUUGUUCAAAAGUUUCUAUGUGAUGACGUUGGCUUGCAAUACAUCUGCCAGACCUACGAGCGUUUCUACGCCGUUGCGACUGUUCUCAACAACAUGGUCAUGCAGCUUGUUGACUCGUUUGCUUUCCGGCUGCUAAAACACGUUAUCCGCUGUUAUCUGCGUCUCAGCGACAAUCCCAGAGCUCGAGAAGCUCUUCGUCAUUGCCUUCCCGAACCUCUACGUGACGCUACCUUCGCUCAGGUGUUGAAGGAUGACCAUGUAACCAAAAAAUGUCUUGCCCAGCUGCUCAUCAAUCUUUCAGACGUGGGUGUGGUAGACCACUAG